GACACUUUCUACUACGUCGAGCUUUUGGGAAUCAGCGUCGGAGGGACACGUGUCCCCGGCGUAGCGGCUUCGCUUUUUAAACUUGACCAGAUCGGUAACGGUGGGGUUAUCAUCGAUUCGGGUACGUCUGUGACCCGGUUGAUCCGACCCGCUUAUAUCGCAAUGAGAGACGCGUUCCGGGUCGGAGCUAGGACCUUGAAAAGAGCUCCGGAUUUCUCGCUCUUCGACACGUGUUUCGAUCUAUCCAAUAUGAACGAGGUUAAAGUCCCUACGGUGGUUUUACAUUUCCGUGAAGCUGACGUGUCACUUCCG